UUCAGCCUUCGUACAACCGGUUUAUUUUUUGUUGAACGUCCGAAGCCCCCUUUCUUUGAAACUGGUUCAAAUGUUGGCAUUUUUGUGGCGUGUUUGGGUAAAGUUUGUGGAAGGCUGAGGGAGUAUUCCCUCUCAGUUGACGGUUCCUAUUGAGAGAACCACUGCACUGGGCACAGCCUAAGAGUUCGACUUUUCCGCCUGUUUUACCGCUGCCUGGCUCUCAGAGCGUCCAGGGCACUGAUGGGGAUCUUUUACUCGGAGCCAAUUUGCCAAGCGGCUUACGAAAACAAUUUUGAAGAGUUGAGGAAGCUGCUGCAGGAAAACCAGGAUGUGAAUACCCAAGAUGACUGUUACGGAGACACUCCCAUUAUCGCUGCGUGUCGAGCUGGCAGAGUUGAAAUUGUGCGGUAUCUCCUGAGAAAAGCAGCCAAUGUAAAUAUCAAAAACAAGAAGGAACGAACAUGUUUACAUUAUGCUGUCCGGAGAAGAUUUUCCUUUCUGGACUACUUGCUGAUCAUUAUCUUGAUGCCUGUCCUCCUUCUGGGCUACAUUAUAAUGGAAUCAAAGAAGAGUCGGAACGAAGCAUUAAUCAAGAUGUUGUUGAAUGCUAAAGUGGAUAUAAAUGCAACUGACAAUAAAGGUAAUUCAGCACUUCAUUAUGCCUGUCAAAUGAAGAAUAAAAGAAUUGUUUCAAUUCUCACUCGAGCAAAUGCAGAUGCAUCCAUUGCUAAUAAGAAUGGAGAAACACCCCUGGAUAUUGCCACACGCCUAAAGUUUCCACAGAUUGUUGCUAUGCUACGGAAGCAAUCAUAAAGUUCUGGAAUCAAUGUAUGUUUAUUUGUAUGUUGCCAAUAAAUAUGAUGCUUUAAUAUA